AUGGAGUCUAGGUUUGCAUUGCAUACUGCUGUCAAGAAAAUUACCGCCAUCAACAGCACGUCCACACAGAAGCCGCCUUCACAACGUCUACAGUCCACAGUCAAUCAAAUUGCUCAACAGAUUGGCAACGCCAAGUUCCACGAAUCACCACUCAGAGCCUGCAAACCACCGAGUGCGUACACCAAUCACAAUGGAGCCACGGACACAUCGUCGACCCAAGGUCGAUUUUUUUCCGCUUUACCUGCAAGCGACGCCGAGAGCUAUGAUAAGGCCAUAUCGCAACCUUACACUGAUAUGACCGCCACCGCGGCACCCCCACGCAGCCAGCUAGUCCCAGUACACUGCCCCGCCGCAGGGUUUUUUCGGCACUUAAAUCGCAGUCGCCCCUUCUCCCAGCCAAUCUCAUUACUUAGCCUGAACCUGUUUUUCGUGCUGGCGUCCAUCGAUCGAUCGGAUUUGUACACGUGCUCGUUCCUUACCGAAACGCCUACUCGGUUUACCAAUCGCCUCGCCAAUGCGCAAUGUGCACGUCAGCCACAUGCGCUCAGAGCUGAAGUUCAUUUGAUACCUCUCGCCUUUUCCGCCUUUCUGGCUAAGUGCUUUUAA